AUGGCGAUCAAUCGGAUCCGAGGCGCGUUUACAGUGCCCAGAAAAGGAGAGACGUUUGAAUUGAGGGCUGGCUUAGUGUCCCAAUAUGCAUAUGAAAGGAAAGAUGCAAUUCAAAGGACCAUCAUGGCGAUGACGUUGGGCAAAGACGUCUCUGCUCUAUUUCCGGAUGUUCUGAAGAACAUUGCGACUGGCGAUCUGGAUCAGAAAAAACUUGUUUAUCUUUAUUUGAUGAACUAUGCAAAGUCCCAUCCGGAUCUCUGCAUUCUGGCGGUGAAUACGUUCGUUCAAGAUUCCGAAGAUCCCAAUCCACUUAUACGAGCGCUUGCGAUUAGAACAAUGGGCUGUAUUCGAGUUGACAAAAUGGUGGACUACAUGGAAGAACCUUUAAGGAAAACCCUAAAGGACGAGUCACCGUACGUUCGCAAGACAGCGGCCAUCUGUGUGGCAAAGCUUUUCGACUUGAACCGAAGCAUGUGCCUCGAGAAUGGCUUUCUUGAUACGUUGAAGGAAAUGAUCGGAGAUCCAAAUCCAAUGGUCGUUGCAAACUCGGUGACUGCUUUGGCUGAGAUUUCGGAAAACGCUCCCGAAACAAGAGCGCUAGAGAUCAACUCGAACACACUUCGCAAGCUGCUUAUGGCUCUGAAUGAAUGUACGGAAUGGGGUCGAGUUACGAUUCUGAGUUCGUUGGCUGAAUAUAGAACCAAUGAUGUCAAGGAUGCCGAACACAUCUGUGAAAGAGUUGUCCCACAAUUUCAGCACGUAAACGCGAGUGUCGUUCUCGCUGCAGUCAAGGUUGUCUUUUUACAUAUGAGAUAUAUCAGCCCGGAGCUUGCAGCGUCAUAUCUGAAAAAGAUGGCACCCCCGCUUGUGACUUUGGUCUCAUCCGCGCCCGAGGUGCAAUACGUGGCAUUGAGGAAUAUUGAUUUACUCCUUCAAAAGCAACCGGAUAUUUUGAACAAGGAACUUCGUGUUUUCUUUUGCAAAUACAAUGACCCACCCUAUGUCAAGUUCCAGAAGCUUGAAAUUAUGGUGAGAAUAGCGAACGAAAAGAACGUCGAUCAACUUUUGGCCGAGCUCAAGGAGUACGCCCUUGAAGUCGAUAUGGAUUUCGUUAGGAGAGCCGUCCGAGCCAUUGGCCAGACUGCUAUCAAAAUCGAAACCUCUAACGAGAGAUGUGUCAACACUCUGCUCGACUUGAUAAAUACCAAGGUCAACUACGUUGUCCAGGAAGCUAUUGUUGUUAUUCGUGACAUUUUCCGAAAAUACCCAGGCUAUGAAAGUAUCAUACCAACACUGUGCAAGUGCAUUGACGAGCUUGAUGAACCCAACGCUCGAGCUGCUCUCAUUUGGAUUGUCGGUGAAUAUGCGGAGAAGAUCAGUAACGCCGGCGAUAUCUUGGCUGGUUUCGUGGAAGGCUUCAAUGAAGAGUUUAGCCAAACACAAUUACAAAUCUUGACAGCCGUCGUCAAGCUUUUCUUGAAGCGUCCUGAGAAGGCCCAAGGCUUGGUACAGAAGGUUCUCCAGGCUGCAACUGCAGAAAACGAUAACCCCGACAUUCGGGAUCGAGCUUAUGUCUACUGGCGCUUGUUAUCCAAUACAACGGACCCUAAUGCAGCCAAGAAUGUCGUUCUGUCUCAAAAGCCUCCUAUUACAACUACCAUCCAGUCACUACCGCCCACUCUCCUUGACAAGCUACUUGAAGAAAUGUCAACACUGGCUUCAGUUUAUCACAAGCCUCCAGAACAAUUCGUCGGCCAGGGACGCUUCGGCGCCGAUGCUGUGCAAAGAGCUGCUAUUGAGGAACAACUCCAAAACGCGCGGGAGAACCCAUUGGCUGCUGCUGCUGCCGCCGCGGCCGUUUCAGGCGCUACUCCCCCUGCUCAGGCGCAAGCCAAUGUUGAGAAUUUGCUAGACAUCGACUUCGAUGGAGCUGCACCUGCUUCAGCCGAUAAAGAGCCUCCAAGUGGCAUGUCAGGUUUAGAAGGGCUUGCGGGGACACCCGUACGCACAGAAUCACCUGCAACAUCUGCACCUCCCCAGCAAAGCAAUAACCUAGAUGAUCUUCUCGGCGUGUUUGGUAAUAGUGCCAGCGGCAGCGGCAGCAACGCAGCUGCUUUAGCAGGCUUGAGUGGUAAUGGUGGUGAUGAUCUGAUGAAUGGAUUCUCGAGUUUGAAUGUCAGCCACAAUAACCCGACUUCGCCAGGAUCAAAUGAUGGUGGCAAAAAGACGAACGAGGAUAUUUUGUCAUUAUUUUAA